AACUUCAACAAAACUGAUUUGACAAGGCAGAUAGGAUAGUUGCACAGAAAACCGUAAUUGUAUUUAAAUUACUUUGGAUAAUUUUGAAGAUAUAAUGUUUCUUUGAGUGCAAAGUCACUUUGUGAAAAGGGAAUAGUACUAUUCUUCUGCUCUCAGGACACAUAUUUCCUUUUUUAUUGACACAGUAAGAUCAUUGUCACUCAUUGAAAUGGAAUCCAAGGCAAUCCCCAUCCUGAAUCCUGCAGCUUUCAACGGUUCAUAGUGCAUGGAAGUUACUUCCCCAUCUGGACCCAUCUGUGACUUCCAGCCAAUUAGCAGAGGCCCCCUGAAGCCCUGGCUCCUCCCGCUGUCCCUGUGCCAUGGCGAAGAGUGACACGUGGCCGGGCGGUGUUGCCAUGGAAUCCUUGAUCAAUAUGGACAGCGCUGGGAGCUAUGACAGUGUGGUCAGCAUGAACUCUGGCUUUAGUGAUGACAGUCUGGAGUACCUCUCUGUUGAGGAGCGGGCGUGCCUCAUGUUUCUGGAGUCCACCAUUGAGUCCCUGGAGAUGGAGGAGGACAGUGGCCUGUCCAAUGAUGAACCAGACCCCAGCAGCCUGGCAGCCGAACAUGACCACCUCUCUAUGGGACAGACUAGACUGGAGGAUGUAUCAAAACUCCAGCAUGACGACUCAGGAAGAGAUCGGAAGUCUUAUCUGAACUGCCGAGUGCCUACACCACUUCUUCUGGCAAAUGGCCUUGCCAGUAUCCAGCUCAAAGUCACAGGGGCAACCACACAUCCCAGUGUCCCAACUGCAGCAAUUGAGCCCAAAGCCCCAUUAGUAGCAACCCAGCCCAGUACCCCAGGGGCAGUCACUGAUCUGAAACCUCAAAAGGUAAUCACUGAACCCACAGUCCCAGAAGUAGUCACAGACCCUAAAGCUCCAAAGAUAGCAACUGUGCCCAAGACCUCAGAGUUGUCUUCUGACAUCAAAGCUCCUGGGUUGGCCACUAUCACAAAAGUUCCGGUGCUGUCCACUGAAUUUAAAACCCCCAAAACAACCCCUUCAUUAGCCACGUCAGAUUUACCCACAGAUGAUUCUGUGGACAACAUGCCUAAAGGAGUCUCUGUAGACAGCAAGCCUGCGAAGUGCAACACUAAGGUUCCAUCUGAGCUGGAUCUGAAGCUGAUUCCCCCUCCAUCAGACUUCAGGGAUGAUGAGCUAGAGGAAAAGAGUGAUCCUCCAGUGCCUGCAGAACUCAGAGGUCCUCUGACCUACAGUGAGCUGGAGCAACUACGCAGGCAGGUCUCCAUGAAGAGAGCUGCACCAGCCUCCCUGGAGCCAAAGAUGCACCACCUUCUAAACCCUGUGUUGAUCUGCCUGUCAGUGCCCAAGCACUACCCUCCCCCUCAGAUGUCCUACCCACCCCUAUUCCUGAGGCCCUGGAACCAAAGAGCCGACCUGCUGUGGCCCCUAAGCCCAAGAGGCUUCCCUCCAACAUUAUCCUGA